GAAGUCUUUUGGUGAAAAUGUUUCCAAUGUCCCAAGCAGCGUGGAUGAGUGAAACCCCAGCAGGACUCGGGGAGACUGGCUGCUCAGGGAAGCAAACAGCACCGGCUCUUAUCAAGGCUCCUGCCCACACAGUCAUAUGAUGUGUGUGCCCGUACCUGUGCGGUGGGGCGGUGGGCAGCCCUUCACGGGGGUGUGACGCUUUCCUCAGAGCAGGAGAGGGGGACAAGAGGCUGCCUGGCCUCUCCCUGGCGAGCAGAGACAUCCCCGGCAGGGCUGAGGCUGCAGGAGGGGAGCGGGUCAGCUCCCCGUCUCGCCAAGGGGCUGCCGGUCCCACCACCUGCCUCGUCUGCCCCUCUGACCAGGUCAAAAUCUUCAGUUCAAUCGGGAGAAGCCGAGUGACGUCCGUUGGGCUCAGUACACUGGGACGAGUGGAGGAGCCUGAGCUGGGGCCGGGAGGAAGCUGUGCAGGGCCAGGUCUGUGCUGCUGUGUGGGAAGCUGGCAGGAUGGCUCGGAGGAUGAGCAUCGACGAGCUGGAGGACCAGCUCCUCUGUCCCAUCUGCUUGGAGGUCUUCAAGGACCCCCUCAUGCUGCAGUGUGGGCAUUCGUACUGCAAGUCCUGCGUGGUGUCACUCUCCGGAGAGCUGGACGGGCAGUUCCUGUGCCCCGUGUGCCGCCAAACCGUGGACUGCAGCGCCUCACCACCCAACGUCACACUAGCUCGCGUCAUCGAGGCACUGCAGAGCCGGGGUGAGGCAGAGCCCACCCCGGAGUCCUGCCCAAUGCACCACAAUCCCCUCAGCCUCUUCUGUGAGGCCGACCAAGAGGUGAUCUGCGGGCUGUGCGGCACCAUCGGCAACCACCGCCAGCACAAGAUAACCCCCAUCUCUACCACAUACUGCCGGAUGAAGGAGGAGCUGUCUGUACUGCUGACCGAUGUCCACCAGUACAAGAGGAACCUGGAUGAACACUUCAACAAGCUCAUCAAUAACAAAAGUCGCAUCGCGAACGAGGCAGAUGUCUUCAAGUGGGUGAUCCGGAAGGAGUUCCAGGAGCUGCACAGGUACAUCGAUGAGGAGAAGGCCACCUUCCUGGAGAGCAUUGAGGGGAAGGCAGCCCAGCUCAUCACUUCAAUUGAGUCCCAGGUCAAGCAGACGUCAGACGCCCUGCAGAGGCUUAAGGAGAUGCAAAGCUCUCUGGAGGCACUCAGCAACGAAAGCCAGCUUGAUUUCAUCCGGCUGCGUCACAGCUGCCCACAUCUUUCUAGGUCAGAGCUCCCCAGCCUGCACCCCAGCGAUGGCAUCUUUAGCCCCGUGUCCUUCAAGCCGUGUUUCCACCAAGACGACAUCAAGAUGACUGUGUGGAAGCGCCUGCACCGCCGCGUCCUGCCAGCUCCAGAGAUGCUGAAAUUGGACCCGGUGACAGCGCAUCCCCUCCUGGAGCUCUUCAAGGGCGACACGGUGGUGCAGUGUGGGCUCUACCAGCGCCGGGACAGCAACCCCAAGCGUUUCAACUCCAGCAACUGCAUCCUCACCUGCAAGGGCUUCUCCUGCGGCCAGCACUACUGGGAGGUGAUUGUGGGCACCAGGAACCACUGGCGUGUGGGCAUCAUCAAGGGCACAGUCAGCCGCAAAGGAAAGCUCAGCAAGUCUCCUGAGAACGGCGUGUGGCUCAUUGGCCUGAAGGAAGGGAAGGUCUACGAGGCCUUCAGCACCCCGCGGGCCACCCUGCCGCUGACCACCCGGCCCCAGCGCAUUGGCAUCUACCUGCACUAUGAGAAGGGCGAGCUGACCUUCUACAAUGCUGACAACCCUGAUGAGCUCAGCCCCAUCUACACCUUCCAGGCAGAGUUCCAGGGCCAGCUCUACCCCAUUGUGGACCUGUGCUGGCCGGAGCGAGGGCCCUACUCCCCUCCCAUCAUCCUGCCUGCACCUGCUGCGAGGCAGCACUCCCGGGCACCGUACAACCAUCCUGCCCCAGAGGAACCCAUGAAGCCAUAG